AUGUCUCCUCUUAAGACUUUCAGGACCAGGAGAUUCCUGGUCAAGAAACAAAAGCAGAAUCGUCCCACUCCCCAAUGGGUCCAAAUGAAAACCAGAAGUAAAAUCAGGUACAACUCCAAGAGAAGACACUGGAGAAGAACCAAGUGGGGUCUAUAAUGAGCCUCACACAUGAGGUGGCACCCAAGUUUAUGCUGUGUCAAGGUCACGUGCAUCUUCCCAAAUCACUCU